CAGUUCCUGGAAAUUAACCCCCAACUCAGAACAUAUUGACAACGUUGGAAUUGGGGGGGGGGGGAAUAUAAUUCCCGGUCGACUUCUUUCCUGGCCGCUCCACUUAUUCCAGAGUCACCAUCUCUGUAACUCCCACCAGCAGCCUUCCGUCUCCAUAACAACGCCAGCUCCAGUUAGGAGCGCUUCCAGCUGCGUCAGCUCUCGCGAGAGUAGGAUGUGUCAGCAAGAUGGCGGGUGCGGGUUGUGAGUAGGGUCGAUGAAGAGGGAGAGACUCGCACCUGAACCGCAAACAGAAUUGUCGAGUGUCGACCGAGCCUGGCGGCCUCCCUCUGACGAGUGCCACUGUUGCUGGCCUGAGAUGAGCCCGGGGGCCGACAACGAGCCGGCUGGGUGACCCCGCUACUUCCCUCCCGAGCUAUCCGCUGCCAUCGAGAGUGAAGAAUGAAUCUUCAUCAGGUCCUGACCGGCGCCGUCAACCCUGGCGACGGCUGUUUCUCAGUGGGCAGUAUCGGCGAACAACCGUUCACGGCCUAUGCUUCAGGAUGUGAUAUUGUGAUUUUAGCGAGUGAUUUUGAAAGACUUCAAAUUAUUCCUGGGGCCAAACAUGGAAAUAUUCAAGUUGGAUGUGUUGAUUGUUCCAUGCAGGAGGGAAAGAUUGCUGCAUCAUAUGGAAAUUUAGUUUGUAUUUUUGAGCCCAUUUCCCUUUUAAAUCGGAAAAGUAAGCAUUCUACAUUGAAUUAUCAAUGGCAAAAGAGUGGACAGCUUGUAUUAGAGUCUAUGGUGCAUAAUUUAGCAUGGGAUCCUCAAGGAAUCCGUCUUUUGACGGGCUCCAAUUCGCUACAACUUUGGGCCAAUGGAAAUCAGGAAAUGGACGGAAAUGAGGAGGAGACUAUAUAUGAGACAGAUCCAGAUGAAGUUAACAAUUGGCAAUGCAUCUGGGAAUCUGAAACUGCAACACCCAUCCAUCUAUUAAAGGUGUCUCCAGAUGGUGAUUUUUUUGCCACUGCAGGAAAGGAUGAUUGUCUUGUGAAAGUGUGGUAUAAUUCUAGCAGCUGGCAAUCAGCAGUGAUGACACCAGUAACUCCUGCAGAUAAAGGAGAAGAUGAUAUUGAUUUUUCCUUUGUGUAUUUAGCCCAUCCUCGGGCUGUGACAGGAUUUUCUUGGCGGAAGACCAGCAAGUACAUGCCAAGGGGCUCCACAUGUAAUGUCCUGUUAACCUGCUGCAAAGAUAGUAUUUGUCGGUUAUGGGCAGAGACUUUACUUCCUAGUGAUAGUUUGCUUUCUGGUGAAGGCUACACCCAGUGGUCUGAAUCCAUCAUUGCAACCAGUAACCUCAAAGGGAGUGCCUCCAGUCGGGAGAAGUUGAAUAUUGGCCCGUUUCGGAUAGGGAGGAGGAGAUCAUCUGGCCUUGUUGCACAUACUGGGUAUUUACCACACCAACAGGAUGCACAUGAACUCCAUAGGAAUGCACCUCUGCAUGCAAAUUCCCUCAGCCAUUUUCACAUAGCAGCCAGUAUUAAUCCAGUUACAGACAUUCCACUCCUGCCUUCUAUCACUUCAUUAAGUUUAAGUGAAAAUGAAGAAACUUACGGACCUUUUGUAGUCCAUUGGUUGAACAACAAGGAGUUGCAUUUUACCUUGUCAAUGGAGGUCUUUCUGCAGCAACUGCGACGGAGUUUAGAGCAGCAAUCUCCAGAGUCUGGAACUGAGGAAUAUGGACAAUUGGAGUGCAAAUCUGAUGAAGGGUUUAUACAAUCUGUACUUUUAGACAAAGAUGUUGAGGAAAAGACUUCAUCAGAUGUUAUGAUUGAUCAUAAAGUUGAUGGACUGUUAGCUGAAUGGAACAAAGAUGCUGACAUGCUCUUCAGUAUUCAUCCGAUGGAUGGCUCCUUGUUGGUGUGGCACGUUGACUGGUUGGAUGAGUAUCAACCUGGGAUGUUUCGACAGGUGCAGGUAAAGGUUUCGUUUGCCUGUCGGAUUCCUGUUGCAUUUCCUACUGGUGAUGCAAACUCUCUCAGCAAGAGCAUAGUUAUGUAUGCCUGCACAAAGAAUGUGGAUUUGGCUAUUCAACAAGGCAAACAAAAGCCACAUGGUCUGACUCAUUCCUCAUCUGGCAUGUUAAUUUCUGCUGGUCAUAACAAAUCAACUGGUAAUCUAAAACUGAGUAUCUUCACACCUAAUGUGCUGAUGAUCUCCAAGCAUGCUGAUGGAUCCUUGAAUCAAUGGGCUGUCAGUUUUGCCGAAGAGUCUGCAUUUUCAGUUGUCCUUGGAGUGUCUCAUAAGUCUCGUUACUGUGGCCAUCGUUUUCAUCUGAAUGAUUUAGCUUGCCAUUCAGUUUUACCUCUACUUCUAACUACUUCAUACCACAAUGCCCUACGGACACCAGAUGGUGGGUAUUUGUACAAUGAAGGAAGGAGUUUUGACCCAUUGCGAUGUAGCAGUUCAUUGUCAAGAAACCAGAGAGAAAAUGGCACAACAGCUACAUUCCAGGAUUCUAAUUCAAUAUACAGUGAACUAAUUCUGUGGCGAGUUGAUCCAGUUGGGCCAUUGUCAUACUCUGGAGGAGUAUCAGAGUUGGCACGAAUCAACUCUCUGCAUGUUUCAGCCUUUUCAAAUGUGGCUUGGUUGCCAACUCUGAUACCAAGUUACUGCCUGGGUGCUUAUUGCAAUUCCCCUAGUGCUUGUUUUGUGGCCAGUGAUGGACGGUAUUUACGAUUAUAUCAAGCUGUUAUUGAUGCUAAAAAGCUUUUAAGUGAGCUAUCUAAUCCAGAAAUCUCUAGACUUGUUGGAGAGGUUUUCAAUAUAGUAAGUCAACAGUCAACAGCAAGACCAGGCUGCAUCAUUGAACUAGAUGCUAUCACCGAGCUUUAUGGGAAAGAGACACAGUUGCUUCAUGUCUUUAAAGAGGAUUUUAUAUUAGUUAAUCAACCCGUGAAAAGGCAGAAAAAAGAAAAAAUCGCUACGAACAAAGCCAGUCUACAGCAAAAAACAGAAAAGCCACAAAAUGGAUUUUCUGAAAAAUUCUUCUUGGUGGUAAUUGAACACAAGCAGAACAGCCAUUCAUUGCUGCAUAUGUGGCAUUUACACCUGAAAUCUGAUCCAAUCUCCAUUGAUCACUCCACUGAGAAUUCUUUGGUACCUCCAGAGGAACAGAAUGGGUGUUCUUCUGAAAAAUUGUAUUCUCCUUUCUUCAAAAAAUACCAGGCUUGUAAAGCAAAUUUACAGAGUGCCAGUCGACUAGCUGUCAUCUCAACUAGAGUUUAUAGCCAAGAAUUAUCUCUGCCAGAAGGUGUUGAAAUUAUCAGAGCCACUCCCUCUGCAGGACACCUGAGUUCAUCAUCAGUUCAUCCAGCAUGUCUUGCUCCAUAUCUUUUGGCAACUUCCUGCACUGAUGGAAAAGUUAGAUUCUGGCGUUGUAGGGUGUCAGCUCCUCUGACAUCUUCUGCAGCUGGGAAUGGAAUGGAGAAUGAGCUAAUCUAUUCUUGGGAAGAAUGGCCUCUGCUGAUCGAAGAAGAACUUCAGAAUAGCAGUGCUGUUAGUGUACCAGGAAGGCCUGUGGAUGUCAGCUGUUCAUACACAAGCCGGCUAGCAGUGGCUUAUAAGAAGACAAUGCCAGUUUAUGAGCAUUCCAAUAAGCACUUCACAAUGCAUGUGGGUAUAUUUGAAUGUGAAUCAACUGGAGCUUCUCAAUGGAUUCAUGAACAAACAAUCCACUUGGAUGACUUUAGUCACACAGGUGCAUUGUUGGAUCCAAGAAUCAGCAUAGAUAGUAACCUGGUCCUUUAUAACAAAUGUCGUUUGAAUUUGACCAGUGAUUAUCAAAUGACUUUUGAUGCAAAACCUUUGGUUCACCUAGACUGGGUUUCCAAGGAGGACGGAUCACAUAUAUUAACAAUAGGAAUUGGAUCUAAGCUUCUCAUGUAUGGGCAAGUGUCUGGAAUAAUACAAAAUCAAACAAAGAAAGAAGCACCAGCAGUUUUCUCUUUGUCUCUAUGGGAUAGUGCCAAAGAAGUAUCUCAAUCCAGAUGGGUGCUUCUCAGAAGUCUGGAUCUAGUUUCUUCAGUUGAUGGAUCAUUGUCACUGCCAGUUUCUCUGUCUUGGGUACGUGAUGGCAUCCUAGUUGUGGGUAUGGAUUGUGAAAUGCAUGUUUAUUCACAAUGGCAACCUCCUGACAAAAUGGAUUCAAUGAUAACUGAAGCUGAAAGUGCCAGCAUUCCUUCAAUGGUUAGUUUGGCGAAGUGUGCUAGUACUAAUGGAUCCAACCCAAACCUGUACAGGAAAAGCCUAGCAAGAUCAAUGACAGGGCUAGCUCAGAAAUUUGGUGGAAAAAAGGUUCCAUUUCUUUGGAAUAUUGAGAUGGAGGACUCUGGCCUUUUUGAAGCAUCUCAUGACUUAUCUCCCACUCUGCCACAGUAUCAUCCCUUGCAGCUUUUGGAGUUAAUGGACUUGGGUAAAAUUAGACGGGCCAAAGCCAUAUUGUCUCAUUUAGUAAAAUGCAUUGCAGGAGAAGUAAUCACUGUUAGCGAUACUGAAACCAGCCAUGAACGGCGACUGAGAUCUUUGACAAUUAGUGCAAGUGGCAGCACAGCAAGAGAUCCCUUGACCUCAAAUAAGGGUGCAAAUCCUGACUACACAGAAAUAGACUCUAUACCUCCUCUUCCUUUAUGCGCACUUUUAGCUGCUGAUGAAGAUAUUUCUCAUACUACCUUUGAAAAGCCAAGCAAACAUGCAAAUUUUGCCAAGAAAAAUGAAAGGGUUUCAACAGGAAACAACUAUGAUGAACUUUUUGCAACGUCGAAUAUUGGUGCAGAUGAUCUUAAUAGUUUUGAUGAUGAUGAAGGCAAUAAGCUAAAGAUUAUUGACCUCUCCCAGUACAGUCUUACCUACUUUGGUCCUGAGCAUGCUCGAGUGCUAUCUAGCCAUUUGCUUCAUUCCAGUCUGCCUGGUCUUACCAGUAUGGAACAGAUGUUUUUGAUGGCAUUAGCAGACACUGUGGCCACUAUCAGCACUGACAUAGGAGAAAGCAGAGAGAGAACCCAAGGUGGUGAGACACUUGAUGAAUGUGGAUUAAGAUUUCUUUUAGCCAUGAGGCUACAUACAUUUCUAUUGACAUCACUACCUCCUGUUUAUCGAGCACAACUUCUUCGACAAGGUUUGUCUACCUGUCAUUUUGCCUGGGCCUUUCAUUCAGAAGCAGAGGAGGAGCUGCUAAACAUGAUUCCUGCAAUGCAAAGAGGAGAUCCCCAUUGGUCAGAGCUUAGAUCCAUGGGAGUAGGGUGGUGGGUUCGUAGCACAGUCAUUCUUCGUAGGUGUAUGGAAAAGGUUGCCAAAGCUGCAUUCCAAAGAAAUAAUGAUCCUUUAGAUGCCGCUAUAUUUUAUCUUGCAAUGAAGAAAAAGGCUGUGCUUUGGGGUCUAUUCAGGUCCCUUCAAGACAGGAAAAUGACUGAGUUUUUUGGGAAAAAUUUCAGUGAUGAUAGGUGGAGGAAGGCUGCUUUGAAGAAUGCUUUUGCAUUACUAGGUAAACAACGAUUUGAACAAGCUGCAGCUUUUUUCCUUUUAGCUGGUUCCCUGAAGGAUGCAAUUGAGGUGUGUCUUGAAAGACUUCAUGACGUUCAGUUAGCCCUCGUAAUUGCACGAUUGUAUGAAUCAGAAUUUGAAGUGUCAUCCACUUACAAGUCUAUACUUAUAGAAAGGAUCCUGGGCUUUGAUAAAAAGAACAAAGACUUUAACCUCUCUCUCAGAAAUUCUGAUCCUGUAUUGAGAAGCAUGGCUUAUUGGAUACUGGAAGAUUACACAAACUCUCUGAAUACUCUAUUGGAAGAAGGAACGAGAGAAAAUGAUUCCAAUGGAGCAACAGAAUGCAGUAAAUCAGGUUCAUGCAAUCCAGGAGUAUUUAAUUUCUACAAUUAUUUGCGGACGCACCCUCUUUUGUUGCGACGAUAUUUUGCUUCAUCAGAGAAGAUGGUAUCACAAAUGGGCUUAACUGUGGAAAGUGGCCUGGCAGAUAAAAUCAGUCUAGCUGAAAGAAGACUAUUCUUUGCAACUGCAAAUGCCCAUUUUAAAGCUGGCUGUCCAAUGUUAGCUCUUGAAGUCCUGUCUAAAAUGCCAGUUGUUAAUAUGAAGUCAAAGAUUUCACAAAAUAAAGGAGGUUCUCAUUUGGCUGCUAUUUCCUUAUUAGAAGAAACAGAAUCUACACAUUUGAAUUUUGAUUCGUCUUCACCAACAGUAAAUGGUUUUGCAAUCAAAGGUGCUUCUGUCUGGGUGUCAAAUGGGCAAUCUAGUUCAUCUCUUAGUUUUGAUUGGAGCCAGUCCUCUAUAGUCAUUGAAGAUCAACCAUUGGAAUUAAAAUGGGAUAGUGAUAAGGAAGAUGACCAGGAGGAAUUUGGUCUUUCGAUGAAGGAAAUACAUCCACCUAGCCCUAUUGUUGAGAAGGUAGAAGAGAAAAAAUCCUCCAGUGCAAAUUUCUCAAGUUUAACUGAUGAAUUUUUAAGUCCAUCAGAAGAUGUUAUAGCAGCACAGUUGAAAUUUGGAGCAUGCUUGAAAAUACUUACAUCAGAGCUGCGUACUCUCUCUACUGGCUAUGAGGUAGAUGGUGGAAAACUUCGCUACCAGUUGUAUAAUUGGCUUGAGAGAGAAAUUAUAGCACUGCAGAAAACAUGUAAUUACAAUGUUAUCAUAGAAAAUAGAAAAGAUAAUUCUGAAAGUGUCUGGGAUGAAUUACCCAACGGAGAACAGGUAGAAGAUGGAGAUAUUGACCAACAAAAAACAUUGCACCACCAAGAGUAUUUGCAGAGAAGGAGGUUGUGGCUUCGGCAAAACCAGCCUCUUCUAAGGAUGUUUCUCAGUUAUUGUAGUCUUCAUGGAUCACAUGGUGGAGGUUUGGCAUCAGUCAGGAUGGAGUUGAUUCUUCUUUUGCAAGAAUCUCAGCAGGAGCAUUCAUUGGAACAAAUGACUAGUCCUUUGCUUCAACUUGCAUCAAUACCCCUCCUGUUUGCCUGCACUGCAAGUGCUAAAAUAGUCGUGGCAAAUCCCAGACUCCAUCUGAGCAACCUUACUCAUGAUAUUGUGCAUACCAUUGUGGAAUUUGAUUCACCUCCCCAUCCAGACAUCAAGAAUAACCAGAUCCAUGUAUUGCACACUAUUGCUGCUUCACUGUCAGCAUGUCUCUACCAGUGUCUUUGUGAUGGCCACAGUAAUAGUUCUUUAUAUGCAAACCAGUUCACUGGAAUGGUCUAUCAGAGUUUUCUGUUUACACAGCAACGUUCAAACAGAACAGCAAGUUUAGAUGGCUCUGUCACUCCCAAUACAUCUCCUGACCAGUGGCCAGGAAUAAAAGAACUGACUCAGCUCUUAAAUUCAGCUGGAGAUGAAGACAAGCCCAAGUUAACAGUCCUGCUUUGUGAGGUGUUGACAGCAGUUUAUCUUAGUCUUUUUGUUCAUGGUUUGGGCACACAUUCCAGUAAUGAGCUCUUCCAUAUUGUAGCUCACCCUCUUAACAGCAAAAUGUGGGCUGCAGUUUUUGGUGGAGGUGCUCAUGUAGCUACGAAAAAUCAAAUCAAGACUACACCUGUCACAGCUUCCGGUGGUAUUGUAUAUCUCACGCAUUUUAAGAAUGUGCCGUCAAGAACAAUGAACAGAGAUUCCAAAGUAGCUUCUCAAAGCCCUGCUUCUCCCAUUGUCAACCAGAGGAUUCCAGCUUAUAAGGAGAAUUUUAUCCCACCGGAGCUUAGUAUCUGGGAUUACUUUAUAGCAAAGCCUUACCUUCCCCCGUCACAGAGCAAAGUUGAGUAUGAUUCAGAGGAGAGCCAAGGUAGUGAUGAUGAAGAAGAUGCUUUUUCUACAGACAUACAACUUCAAGAACAUUCAAAUCCCAAUUCUUACAGCUGGUCACUGAUGCGAUAUGCUAUGGUGCAGUUGGUGCUACAUAAUUUAAAGAACUUUUAUCCAAUGGCAGGGCUGGAUCUUUCAGAACUUCCUGUUUGCUCUCCUCCUUGUCAUGCAAUUUUAAAGACUCUUCAGCGCUGGGAACAGGUGCUUCUUCGGCGACUUGAGUUAUUUGGUGGUCCACCUCCAGAUUUCAUCUCGAUGCAUACUAGUGAAGGCACAAUUUCUUCAGGACCUGCUCUUCUCAUCCAUAAAGCAUUACUGGAACCCACAAAUACACCAUUCAAGUCAAAACAUCAUACUGCACUUCCAGUUAAAAGACUUUGGCAGUACCUCGUGAAACAGGAAGAAGUGCAAGAGACUUUCAUUAGAAAUAUAUUCACCAAAAAACGAUGUCAAAAUGAGGUGGAUACAGAUGCUGCUUAUCCUGGUGGUCGAGCAAGAAUCGUUCACAAAGAAUCUGACAUCAUUACAGCCUUUGCAAUUAAUAAGGCUAAUCGGAAUUGUGUUGCCAUAGCCACCAGCCAUGAUAUCCAAGAGCUGGAUGUUUCUGCAAUUCUGGCUACCCAGAUCUACGCUUGGAUUGAGGAUGAGUUUGAACUGGAAUCAAAAGGAUCAGAUGAAUUCUUGGUAGUUCAUGCAAGAGAGGAUUUCGGUGAUGUACAGUGUAGCACACCAUAUACUCCCAGCGUUCCUGGCACCCCUAUAAAUGUGCCCUGGUUAGGCAGCACACAGACAGGCAGAGGAGCAUCUGUGAUGAUUAAGAGGAAUAUGAAUAACGCCAGGAGAAUGGCUUCCCAUCCAACACUACCUUACUAUCUGACUGGUGCUCAAGAUGGUAGUGUUCGGAUAUUUGAAUGGGGCCACUCACAUCAACUAGCAUGCUUUCGACCUUCUGGCAAUUCAAGGAUAACAAGAAUCCGAUUCAAUCAUCAGGGUAAUAAGUUUGGCAUUGUUGAUGGAGAUGGAUUCUUGAGCUUCUGGCAAACAAGUCCAAUUGCUUUUGGAGCCACACCAAAACCUUAUUUGACUUGGCAGUGCCACAACAAAACUGCAAAUGAUUUUCUUUUCAUUAGUUCCUCCACUUUAAUUGCAACUGCAGGACAGUCUAGUGACAACAGGAAUAUCUGCCUCUGGGAUACACUCAUGCCACAAGCUAAUAGUCUUGUUCAUGCAUUCACAUGUCAUGAAAGUGGAGCCACUGUGUUAGCAUAUGCAUCAAAGCAGCAAGUUUUGAUAUCUGGUGGACGAAAAGGUUUCAUCUGUAUACUUGAUCUACGCCAGCGACAGUUGCGCCAGACCUUUCAGGCUCAUGAUUCACCUGUUAAAGCAAUUGCUGUGGAUCCAGCGGAGGAAUAUUUCAUUACUGGGUCUGCUGAGGGUAACAUGAAGGUUUGGAGUUUGUCUUCUCUCAACCUGAUCCACACAUUCUCCAAUGAACAUGCCCGACAGUCACUCUUUAGAAACAUAGGAACAGGAGUCAUGCAAAUAGAGACUGGCCCAGCAAAUCACAUGUUUUCCUGUGGAGCUGAUGGAACAAUGAAAAUGAGGAUCCUGCCAGAUCGCUUUAGCACAGGGAGUGGAAAAUUGGAUAUCUGGCAAAAUGAUGUAAAAUUUAUACUAUGAUAAUUUUAUAUUAUGAUAGUGAUAUUAUCAGCACAAUCCAUUCUAGCUUAAAUCUACCAAAAUAUAUGUUUAUUAGGAGUAAGAUAAACACUGAUGCCACACUUAGGAUAGGUGUUGGGGGGUAGGAUGGGAUGCUUUUCAUUUUUAAUUCUUAAUGCACUGAUGCCUUAAGAAGUUUGUGAAUAGUUGGAAGAAGAAAUUGAAUCUAAUUGUGUCAAAAUAUAAGAAAUAAUUAAUUUUCUUGUAAACUAUGGUAAAAUGUGUUGCUGCUACAAAAAAGCCUUUUGUUGAAACUGGUUGCUGAUAUUUUUGAAGUGUCAAAAUGUACAGUGCUUUAAGGAAAAUCAAAUAGUAUAAGAUACAAUAAUUAUCUUUUUUAUGCUUGUAUUAAAAGUUUGUAAAUUAUAUAAAGUUAUAACUUGAACUGUGACCAUUCCUUAUUUUUAAGCUUAGAAAGACCCUGAAAUACAAGCUAUAAGUAGAUUUUGCUUAUAAUCUUCAUGCAGGAGAAUGUAACUGGUAUUCCAGUUUUUGACGGGGGAGAAGGGAAAAGAAUGUGCACAACAUUGUACUGUAAAGUGAAAGGUAAAUUUGUAAAAGCAAGAUCUUUUGUGUUGGGCUGAUACCAGAAAUGAUAUGUACUGAAAUGUAAGUGUUUCUUUCAACACAACUAUAACAUUUAAAUUAUUUUUUUUGUGUUCAAAGUACAAACUUGAGAGGGGCAGUAAGCAGACUUCCAUCAGUGCCACUUUGUAUGAGAUCACUAAUGAGUAUGUUGCAGUUGAACCAGGAUUGUUCAGCAUCUGACAUCACCAAGAUUGGUAACUCAAGAUGUGGCGAAUCAUGGACACAGCUGCAUCCUACUGUCUGUUUUGCAAUGUACUGAUGCAACAGCAAAAGGUCUUAACAUUUUUUGACCCAUACCAUGUGGUUAAAACUUCACUGUAAAUGCAGUUCAUAAGAUGUGAGGAAACUUCAAAUGACUGCACCUAACCAGUACAUUCUGAAAGUUUUAUAUUCAGAAGAAACAUAAGAUGGGAAAAGUUUAUUAUGUCUAAGAGUUGUUCUAAGUUUAAAAAAAAAACAAAAUUGUAUCUUUUAUAUAAUCAAAUGUUUAAAUGCAGUACUUAAUGUAAAAUAAGCCAAAACCAGAAUAAAGGCUGUGGCCUUCCUCUCUGUAAAUCAGAAGGGUCAAGAAUAAAAGUUCAUAUUUAUUAUCCAAUUGUUAAGUUAACUUUUGAUAUGAAGAUUAAAUGCUGAGAGCUUUCAGGAGUGACAGUUACUUUAAGAUAAAUUUUAGGCUAAUAAACCAUAGGUUUAGUAGUUUACGUGUGAAUAUAUUACUAUUCACUAUGAGCAGCCUUGCUUUUCCAAAGGAAAAGAACCUAUUUUUUGGCCAUUCCUUUUGCCAUGCCACAUAUCUAGAGCAAAGAAGGCAAAGAACGUGUCUUUCCUCAGACUCAGAUCAUCCAUGCUCCACCAAAAAACAAUUGUACUGGAAGUAGCCCAGUAUUAGUUGGAUAUUUCAUUCUUUCUUCACACAAGUAUUCACAGUUUGUACUGAUAGAGCUGACUGUAAUCAGCCAUUCAGUACAAAUUGUUUCAGCAAAUUCAUUAUUGGUUCACUUUUCAAAGAGUAAUUAGGAUUAAGAAGCACAAAUUAUUGUUCACAUUUUUCCCAUCAAAUAUCUUUUAAAGAUAUCUUUAGAGUAGACCAACCACAUGGAUAUAUGCUGUCAGAAUUAGUGGCUUGUACUACUACUGUAUUAAUCAAACAGCAACUACUUCAUUAUGGAGUUCAUGUAUCAACAACAGAAGUAUGUUGAAACUUGUAAAGUUGUAAAAUUCCCCUGUGUUCAGGAAUAUGGAAAUAAUUAAUGAUUGUAAAAAGAAACUACUGCAAUUCUAAAUCAAUUGUAGGAAUAGCUAUUUGUAUGUAAAGAUUAUUAGAUUUACCUUUGUGAUUGGAAUAUUUUAUUUUGUAGACCUGAUAACCUGGGUAUAGAACAAAAACUAUAUUGCUUAGAAGAUGGAUUUUGCAUUGUUUUUUUAAUAUUUAAUUGAUGCACGCCACAGUUAUAGUUGCUAUAAAUGUAAUCUUAGCUGAUCACAGUUUUAAGGUUUAUUAAUUUCAUUGACUAUAUAAAUUUGUAGUUAGCAAAUGGGCAUUAUAUGAAAAUAUAUGCAUUAAUUUUAGUCCAUGUUGAAGGCCUUAUUCAUAGAUCUUGUGUUAUUUUUUGUUAUAUACUCAGGAUAUUUCAUCUUUAGGAGUGUUUUAGUACAAUAUAGUAAACCAAGUUUUAUCUGUCAAUAACUAUUUACUAGGUAACAGUAUAACAAUAGAAAUGAAACAGGUCUUGAUCACUUUAAUUGUGCAAUACGAUAUACUAAUUUUAUUAAAACAAGAUUUGUGAAGAAAUAUUAGUAAAUCUGAAGAAACAAUGUUUCUUUCCUAUUUAUAUGGAAUAUUCUGUAAUAAUUGAUUUCAAAGAAAAUACUGGACAAGUUAAUCAUUAUCAGGUGACUCCUGAAUUACAUAAAUCUCUGGGCUGGACACAUCUUACAAGUAAAAAUUAACCUUUUGUUUUAAAACAUAAUGAAAGAGAAGACUGUAAUCCCAAGUAACACACUAGUACCUGGCUUCUCUUUGCCUUAUCAGAAGUUGGCUAUGCUGAAUUCUCUUGAAAAAAUGUCAAUCAUGUAUUUAAAAUUAAUAAUUGUUGCAAUAAAAUACCUAUGAGAAUAAAACAUCUCUUUUUUGCCAUUGUUCUUUCUCAGUUGUAUAUAAGAAGUUAGGCUACAGGUUAAUCAAAUGUCAAUACUGGGAAAGCCUCAGGAGCUAAAGUUUGUGUAACUAAGCAAGGAUUGGAAUGCCUGAAACUAAAUCUGAAUGUGCUUAAAGCAUGAGCUACUCUGGCAAACGGACAUGAAUUGAAAAAAGUGUAACACUAUUAACAAUACUUAAUGAUGCACUAAAAUUAAUUGAGAAG